CAAGAAUAUUUUAUUGUUUUUUUUUUUUUUUAUUUCUCUUUUUUCCUUUUUUUAAUCACACCAAAAGAAGAGCUCUUUUACUCUGCCCAAAAAGCAUUUUCCAGAAAUCCUUGCAACUGAUUAUAUAGUACUUUCAAUUCCUUCAUUUUCCAGAAAUUCUCUCUUCUUUUUUUUUUUUUUUUCCUUAAAAAAAUCUAUUCUUUUUUAAUUCAAUUCCUAAAAUUAAAUUCAUAUUUCGAAAAAUGAGAUUCAUUACACCCCUUUUUCCUUCCCCUUCUCCUUCUCCUUCUCCUUCUUCUUCUCAUUCACAUUUCUGUUCCUUAAUUUCUUUUACUAUUUCCAAUUAUUACUCGGCAUAUUUUGUCUAUGAUAUUUUGGGUUAUUCCUCCAGAUGGAUGCACUUCAAAAAGUUUUAGAGAGAGAAAUUUAUGAGAAAAAAACAGAUAGAUGUUCCUUCUUGUGAUUGUGAAUCAGGGGAUCUCUUCUUUCUUCUUUUUUCUUCUUUUCUUCUCUCUGUUCAAUUCUGACUUUCUUCUUCUUCUUACACUUGUUAUGAUUCUGAAUGGUUACACAUGGAUGGAUUGCGCUUCAUAAUUUUGUAGAUCUUUUAAGCUAAGCUAGAAUUUUGGUUUUUUUUUUCUUUCUUUUCUCUUCUGGAUUAUGGGGAUUUCAUCUUCUCAUUGACCUUCUUCAUCUGGGUUUUCAUCUGCAAUCCUCGAUUUCUUUCAUUCCUUUGGUUCUUGAAGAAAUUUAGGAAUUGGGUUUUGCUUUUUUCUUCUUUUUUUUUCUCUAUAAAUGAGAGCUGGGUUGAGUACGAUUCAGCAGACUCUUACGCCGGAGGCGGCGAGUGUGCUGAAUCAUUCCAUAGCUGAAGCUGGUCGCCGGAAUCAUGGACAGACGACGCCGCUUCAUGUGGCGGCAACGCUUCUUUCUUCGCCGACUGGGUUUCUCCGGCAGGCUUGUAUCAAAUCGCAUCCAAAUUCUUCUCAUCCCCUUCAGUGUCGAGCUCUCGAACUCUGUUUUAGCGUUGCUCUGGAGCGGCUUCCGACGGCUCAAAACGCGAGUCCCGGAGCUGAGCCGCCCAUUUCCAACGCGCUUAUGGCUGCCCUUAAGCGCGCCCAAGCUCACCAACGCCGUGGUUGCCCGGAGCAACAGCAGCAGCCACUCUUAGCCGUCAAAGUUGAGCUUGAACAGUUGAUUAUCUCGAUUCUUGAUGACCCAAGUGUGAGCCGUGUUAUGAGAGAGGCUAGUUUUUCUAGUCCUGCUGUUAAGGCUACCAUUGAACAAUCCAUGAAUUCGCCAGCCCCGGCGAGUUCUUCGCCGAUUGGGGGAUUGGGGUUUCGACCUUCCCCAGUUGGACCGCCGAGAAAUUUGUACUUGAAUCCACGGUUGCAGCAGCAGGGGAGCGUCGCCCCACCCGUGCAGCAGAGGGGGGAGGAAGUCCGGAAGGUGUUUGAUAUAUUGCUUCGAUCGAAAAAGAGGAAUCCGGUGCUCGUUGGGGAGUCGGAACCGGAGGCUGUGGUGAAGGAAUUGUUGAGGAGGAUUGAGAAUAGAGAAUUGGGGGAUGGGACACUGGGUAAUGUUCAAGUGAUUCAUUUUGAGAAGGAGAUUUGUUCUUCUGAUAGGUUGCAGAUUGGUGGUAGGCUUAAGGAAUUGGGAGAUUUGGUGGAAAGUAGAAUGGAGAAUUUGAAUGGUAGUGGAGGAAUUAUUCUUGAUAUGGGUGAUUUGAAAUGGCUGGUUCAUCAGCCCCCUGCAACCGGUGGUGGUUCGGGGUCGGGCACGGUGCAACAACAGGUUGUUUCCGAAGGUGGGCGUGCUGCGGUGAUGGAGAUGGGGAAGCUUCUUGCCAAGUAUGGCAAUGGUGGUGGUAGUCGCCUUUGGUUGAUUGGUACUGCAACUUGUGAGACAUAUUUAAGAUGUCAAGUCUAUCAUGCUUCCAUGGAGAAUGAUUGGGACUUGCAGGCUGUGCCUAUUGCUGCCCGAGCGCCUCUUCCCGGAUUGUUUCCGAGGCUUGGUACCACUGGGAUCCUUAAUAGCCCAGUUGAAUCGUUAUCCUCGAUCAAGGGAUUUCCGACUAUUUCCACCAUACCGAUGCGGCCACUGAUGCACGAGAACCUGGAUUCUUCUCGGAAAUCAAGUUUUUGCUCCCAAUGUAUGCAAAACUAUGAACGGGAAUUGGAAAAAUUUGUGGUCAAUGAGUUGGACAAACCAUCUUCUGUAACUAAACCGGAAGGAGCUAAAGCAUCCGCUCUCCCUCCAUGGCUGCAGAAUGCCAAGGCCCAAGAUGAAGAUGCAAAGAUACAUGAAACAACCGAUAAUUUGGAUAAAGAACUGAUGCGAAAGCAAAAUACUCGAGAACUACAGAAGAAAUGGCAGGAUACAUGCUUGCGUCUUCAUCCUAAUUUCCACAAUCUGAACAAGUUCGGUUUGGAGAGAAGUGCACCUGUUUCUCUUCCUUUAACGGGUUUGUAUAGUCCAAACUUGCUUGGGCAUCAACCUUCCCAACCUAAGUUACAACUCAAUAAAGGAUUUGGCGAAACCCUGCAACUGAAAACAAAUCCACUUCUGGCCAGCAAACCAUCUGAAAAGAUUGUAUCGGUUUUACGACCAGGUAGCCCUGUGAGGACAGAGUUGGCUCUUGGACGAAAGAAUGAUGAUGAGGUCUUGGCUGAGGAAACACAUAAAGAGCGCGUGAAGGAUUUUCUGGGUUGCAUAUCUUCUGAACCGGAGAACAAAAUCUGUGAACUGCGGAGUAGUAAAUUAAUCGAGACAUCGGAUAUCGACUCGUACAAGAGGCUCUCGAAAGGUAUACUAGAGAAGGUAUGGUGGCAGCAAGAAGCAGCAUCUGCUUUGGCUACAAGUGUGACUCAGUUCAAAUUGGGAAAUGGAAAACGACGAGGUACGGUUCCGAAAGGAGACAUGUGGCUCUUGUUCUUGGGUCCCGACCGAGUUGGAAAGAAGAAGAUGGCAACUGCUCUUGCAGAGUUGGUAUCUGGAUCCAGUCCUGUAACUGUUUGUCUUGGCUCGAAACGCAAUGAUGGAGAAUCAGAGAUCAGUAUUCGUGGUAGAACUGUGUUGGAUAGAUUAUCAGAGGCCGUUAGAAGGAACCGAUUUUCUGUCAUUGUGCUUGAUGAUUUCGAUGAAUCCGAUCUAUUGGUCCGUGGAAGCAUAAGAAGGGCUAUGGAGAGAGGUCGGUUCACCGAUUCUCACGGCCGUGAAAUCAGUCUUGGUAAUAUCAUCUUCAUCCUUACAGCAACCUGGAUACCAGAUGAUAUGAAACACUUGUCAAACGGAAAUCUGCUCGAGGAAGAGAAGUUUGCUAGUUUAGCAAGAAGAACUUGGCAAUUGAAAUUAUCCGUUAGCGAGCAGACACUUAAACGUCGAGCUGAAUGGGCACACGGUGAAGAACAGUGUUUGAAACCCAGAUUAGAAACUGGUUCAACCAUAGCAUUUGAUCUGAACGAAUCUGCCGAUGCAGAGGACGAGAAGACAGAUGGAUCAUUGAAUUCCAGUGACGUAACUACUGAUCACGAAACCGAUCAUGGGCUCAACACUCGACAGUUAUCAUUCACGACUGCAUCAGCAUCACGAGAGAUGCUCAAUAAAGUCGACGACGCAAUUGUCUUCAAACCAGUGGACUUCUCUCCAAUCAAGCACAGCAUCACAAGCUCCAUCAAAAAGAAGUUUUCAUCCAUUGUUGGAGAAAAGAUCUCACUUGAAUUACAGGAGAAUGCUGUUGAGAAGAUCACAAGUGGAGUAUGGGUUGGGAACACAAAUGUCGAAGAAUGGACCGAGAAUUUUCUCGUUCCGAGCUUGAAAGAGCUCAAAGCUCGUCUUCCAACUGCCAACACCUUCGAGUCCAUGGUGGUUAAGCUCGAAUCUGACGCUGACUUGGGUUGUCGGAGCUCAGAAGGUCAGCUGCCUUGUAGCAUCAAGGUGAUUGUAGGGGAAAAAGUUUGAGAUUUGGCUGAGAGGUUCAUAGCAGUUGGAAUUUUGUAACUUUGUUGGAUAGAGAUGUAAAUAUGCUUGAAUGGAAGGGUAAAAUCGUAAAUUCCUAAAAGAAAAAGAAAAAAGAAAGAGAUUAAAAGAGCUAUAUGAGGGAGCCUGAGAGGGCAUAGGCCAAGUUUACCUUUUUUCUCCCCAAUAUUUUUUUCUUAAAUUAUUUGAUUUCUUUUUGUUUACUACCUCCAAAUUUAUAGCAAUUAAAAGAAUUAUAGAUAUUAUUUUAUUGAAUUAAAAAGGUGGGUGAUGGUUAAUAGUUUAUUUUA